AUGGGUGCCGUCGUCUCUUGUUUCGAAUCAAUCUGCCGAACCAUCGGUUCCGUCCUGAUGGCCAUAGUCAACGGCAUCGGCUCAAUCCUGACCGCCAUUAUCAACGGCAUCGUGUCGCUGUUCGACAUCAUCAUCUCAUGCCUCACUUGUGGCCGUCGCAGUCGGACACGGACGAGAACGCAUACAACAAGUACAGUCUAG